CUAAUUUCCUGUAGGACGUUUUAUCAACCACGUGAUACUUCUAGACAUUUCAUCACGUGAUUCACAACAUGGCGGACGAAGCGGAUGAUAAACAACCUAGUGGGUCAGAAGAAGCAGAGGGAAAUGGCACAGAGGAAGAUGAAUUAACCUUCGUAGAGGGCCAGCUGGCAUAUAUAGGACAUGAUGUGGAGGAAAUUCCUCAAAAGCUAAUUGAUGACUACGCUAGUAUCACACGCAGACUAGAUCUGAGCUUCAACCAACUGCAAUCUCUGGAUGGGAUAGAACAUUUUGUCAAUCUGGAAGAGUUAAUACUUGACAAUAAUUGUUUUGAUGAACAUUUACAAUUUCCUAAGCUGAAUAGUUUACAUACUCUUACAAUGAACAAAAAUAAAAUUAGUAAUUUAAGCAACAUACUGCAGAAUCUUGCCUCCAACCUUCCUGCUCUGAGGUAUCUCAGUAUGUUAGGUAACGUUGCGUGCCCGAACCAGUUAUCUGACCAUGAGAAGGACGAGGAAGAUUACAGGAGAUACAGAUAUUACGUCUUGUUUCAUUUAAACAAUUUGAAAUUUUUGGACUCAUCGCCUGUGAAAGCUGAAGAGUUGGCUGAAGCUAAGCGUGUUGGCCCAUUUAUGGAGAUUAUUAAGGGCACUUCUGAGACAUUAAUUGAAGGUGGUAAAGAGGACGAGGAUUCUGGUGGGUACACACCCCUUCCCGAAUCUCAGAGAAAAGUGGACGAUCACAAAGGUUCAUAUGGAAGGAGUAAGUAUGUAUAUUAUGGAAGGCAUUCGGAAGGGAACCGUUUCAUUCGUAACAAUGACUUGUAGUCAUAAAUAUCAACAUCAACAAUAACACAUGAUGUGCCAAAACAUUAAUAUAAGUAGGAGACCCACAUAAAAUCUCACUUUCUGUGAUCAGGGAACAAAUGCUAGCACUGCUGAGUAAAUUGACCUCCGAUUUCACAUCAGAUGUAGAGGAGAUAUUGUACCGUUCAUGACAGAAUUUUUAUUUUUGUUUCUCAAUUUUGAUAUAUAUGUCUGCUAUUUUUACAGAUAGUUGAGAUUUGGGCUGUGUUACCAAAAGUUUAAAGAUUGUGAAAUUUUCAGUUUAAUUUUUUUCUUUCAGUAUGUAUUUUUUAACAAUUUACCUAUCCUAAAAUAGCAGAAAUAGCAAAAAAAUAACCCUUUGAAAAUAAUAGCAGUAUUAUACACAUUGAACCAUUUUAUAUUGGAUGUUUUUUAUAUUUAUUGCAAAUUAAUUGUUGUGUGAAUAUUAAAUAUUCAUAUAGAAAAAGUAAUUGAGGAUUGAGGUAACAUCCUAUUUUUCCAUGAUUGAAUAUGGUGAAUAAAAGUACCAAUUGAGUGUACCUAAAUGAUUUGAUGUUCUCUCUUAGAGUCUAGAGUUGAAUAUGGCAGUUUCCUGUGGGUGGAUGUAAAAGAAAAUACUGGUUACAUCAAAUUUGCUUGCCUUUAAAAUGCUUUUCAUAUUAGUAGUGAAUAUGACAUUGUUUAAAUGAUUAUUUGCAAUGAAUGUUGCCUUAAAUAGCACAUAAAUGAGUUUUUAAAUGGACAUUGUGUAUGUAUUUUCAUUUUGCAGAAAAAAAGUGUGGUAUUGGGAGGAUAAAAGUUGGUGAUAUACCAAAAUAGCAGUAUGAUUAUGAUAUCUGGUUCUGAGUGGGAAACUGUGUUUAGGGGUUUUAAUUCUGUUAAGAUUUCCUGAGACUCAUGGUUAUUUGUGUUCUAUUAUUCAUUGUGAAUUUCCAUCAAAUACAUUGUAUUUUAUACACUUAACUUAAAUUAUUACAUGAUGUGCAUGGUUUUCAGAUAUUUUUAAACAGUUCCAUCCUCUUGGGGAAAGUAAAUAUGAAUUUAUUUAUAAUCUAGAUCAGAAAACCAUGUGCACGUGUAUCCUGGACAAAAUAUUUCAGGUGAACCCAGAGUAAAAUGACUGAAAGUGUACCCUGGGUAAGAUGUCUACAGGUUUACUCUGGGUAAGAUGUCUACAGGUGUACCCUGGGUAAGAUGUCUACAGUUGUACCCUGGGUAAGAUGUCUACAGGUGUACCCUGGGUAAUAUGUCUACAGUUGUACCCUGGGUAAGAUGUCUACAGGUUUACUCUGGGUAAGAUGUCUACAGGUUUACUCUGGGUAAGAUGUCUACAGUUGUACCCUAGGCAAAAUGUAUACAGUUGCACUCUGGGUAAGAUGUCUACAGGUGUACCCUGGGUAAGAUGUCUACAGGUGUACCCUGGGUAUGAUGUCUACAGGUGUACCCUGGGUAAUAUGUCUACAGUUGUACCCUGGGUUAGAUGUCUACAGGUGUACCCUAGGUAAGAUGUCUACAGUUGUACCCUGGGCGAGAUGUCUACAGUUAUACCCUGGGUAAGAUGUUUACAGGUGUACCCUGGGUAAUAUAUCUACAGUUGUACACUGGGUAAUGUCUACAGGUGUACCCUGGGUAAGAUGUCUAGGUGAACUCUGGGUAAGAUGUCUACAGGUGUACCCUAGGUAAGUUGUCUACAGGUGUACCCUGUGUUAAAUUUCUGCAGGUGUACCCUGGGUAAGAUGUCUACAGGUGUACCCUGUGUUAAAUUUCUGCAGGUGUGUGUACUUCUAAUGUUUGAUCCAGGUUAUCAUAUUGAAGUGACCUCUAUACUAUAGCUGAUGUUGUAUAUUAUCUAAUUGAACUCUUAUAUUGUACAGUAUAUUAUCUAAUUAAAUUGGCUGAUUCACAGGGUACUGAAGUACAGAUUUUAAGACUCUAGGGUAUUACAUGUAUUACAUUAUCUUGUUUAUAUUUAGUGUUGUAAUCUGUAUCAUAUUAUGAAGUGUAUGUUGAUGGCCUGUCAAUAAAUAUCUUUAUUUCCAAAUGGAAGGAAGAAUUUGAGAACGAGUUAUUGUUUAAAUAGAGCUCCUGUCCUUUUGUACUGUAAACUGUAUGUAGUACAUGUAAUGAUACUGUUGAUCAUGCUGUAAUAUCUAACAUUGCAGCCUCUCAUUAACUACCUUAGUCUGGAGUUGAUACAUUCAUACAUUAUGAUUUAAUAAAUAGAUAAUUACCGUAUCUAUCGUCAAAUAAGCUCCCUCCCCUGGUGUAAAACUUCAGUAUUAGUUUGUGGAUGGCUUAUUUGUGAAUCUUCAAUAGUUUACUGUAAUUUGAAAAUUGAUUAUUGCAAAAAUGAAAGAUGGGGAUAUUUGCAGAUUUUAAUUGUUACAUUUUGAAAUAGCAAUUAGUAUGACUAUACAUGUACAUAUUAACUAUUGAAAGGUUGUCAUUUUAUAUUCAUUAAUAAGAAUGCAAUGUGACAGCUGUUUACCUAACUGUUUGUACUGUAAUUAAACUGUUCUUUGUACCAUUUCGAUGCAAAUUGAAUUUUUGUUGACAUCUUUUUACAAUGGAUAAAACAUGCCCGAUAGUAUAUCAGUACUGUACCAUCUAGUUUUACUACAUUUUAACCCUGGUGUGACUAAGGACCCUAAUGCCAGCCAGCCAGUGUCAAAGUUUAUGUCGUGGUUCCAAGGAUUUGCUGUAUAUGGGACUAUUACCGUAUACAGAACAGUGCAAGAAAAUACGUUCUUAAUAAUGUAUGUAUUUGUCCGGUGAUACUUGAUAUUGAUUUUACCUUCCUUUGGAGUUACUAGAUGAACACAACCUAGUUCAAAUUAUUUAUCCUGUUUGAUCUUCUUGUGAAAUUCAACUUCCUGUGAAUUCAACCUUGUUAAAAUCAUCCUCUUGUUGAAUUCACUUUAAAAUUUCCCUUAUAUCAAAUUCACAUUUCUGUUGAAUUACCUUCUUGAUUGAAAAUUUCUAUUCACCUUUGAGAUUUUACUUGACAGGUGUUUUUUUUUUUUUUUAAUAAUACCCAUAUUUAAUAAGUCCCCUUUCAGAGUGAUACUGAAGUGGUUCAUUCAUUUAAAAGCUCUUGCAGCUAAGAGUAUACUGCUGUUCCAGCUAAUAGAUUAGAUCUACAAAUUUUGUGAUUACAUUUGUAUACAUGUAUUAGUAAAAAUGCUGUAAGUGAAAAUUAUUUUCUGUUAUUCAUUUAUAUUACAUUUGUUUAAAAAUAGUAACUAUAUCUUUUCAUACUGAACUGUACUUUGACUAUUGUGUAUUUGUUUAAUUACAACAGAUGUCAUGAUACGUUCUUUCACAGUGAACUUUCAGAAUUUGAUUGUAUAUUGGCAUUAAAAGAACAAUUUGCUUUAAG